AUGGAGGACCGUCUUCACUUCAUCCUUUUGUUUCUUCUGAUGGGACUGUUCACAGGUGUUUCAGCGAUCGUUGAUUUCACCUGUAUCACCAAGCCUCGUAUUGAUAUCGGCAGUGAAGACACCUACAUCGCAGCCUAUCUACAUGGUGGUGAUGCUGCGCUGUCCUUCGCUCGAACAACCUUCACGGACACAACCGUCGAUGAUAAAGAUAACAGGUUAGGGCUACCAACAUACCACCGUUCGGACCCACGCUCGUCAUCAGAGGGAGGUGAGAUCUCUAUUCUUCGAUUGCCAAAGGCUGGAAGGACGACAAGGAUUGGAGCCUUUGCCUGUAAUGCUAUGAUAGCAGGAAGUGGAAAAGUCAACAUUGGCACCGUCAUCAUAAGCAAAACAGCUGACUUCCUGCCUACCCAAGUGAGUCAGACGGUAAACCUGGGAGAUCCAGUCAAUCUGACCGUCACUGCAACAAACCCAGCCCUUAACUACACUCGGUGGAGAAAGGAUGGCGGUGAUGUCUUUCGGGAUAGAAGCGACAGUGUUUACUUUGAUUUCAUUAGUGCCACUAUCUUACACACAGGGAUCUAUGAGGUUCAUUUUGCCGGGGAACGUAAACAAGGAGACCAGGCACUCAUGCGGUUGAUUGUCAGAGGUUGCAAAGAGCAUAAAUGGAAUUCGCCCACUUGCGAUAGAGCAUGUCCAGACUGUUUCAAUGGCGGAGUGUGUGACGAUUCGAGUGGAGAAUGCAUUUGCCCGCCUGGCUUUGGUGGCGAAUUAUGCGGAAAUCCGGUAGGCCCCAGCCGUUUUGGUCAGAGCGGAAGUUUUCGCUGCGACUCAGCUGAGUUAAGAGGCGGCCCUACGUGUGCAGGGAUGUUGUUCUGUUUACCAGAUCCUUAUGGCUGCUCGUGUGCUGCAGGGUACCAGGGAAUCGACUGCAUUGAAAGGUGUGCUGAUGGUUUCUACGGAGCAGACUGUGCACAGACAUGUCACUGCAUGGACGGGAUCGCGUGCAACAGAACUACGGGCGAGUGUCGUGAUAGAAACUGCGCACCAGGAUUCACGGGCAUCAACUGCCAAGUCAAGCUGACCGUAGAUGAUUUCACCUGUAUCACCAAGCCUCGUAUUGAUAUCGGCAGAGAAGAAACCUACAUCGCAGCAUAUCUACAUGGCGGUGAUGCUGCGCUGUCCUUCGCUCGAACAACCUUCACGUACACAACCGUCGAUGAUAAAGAUAACAGGUUAGGGCUACCAUCAUACUACCGUUCGGAACCACGCUCGUCAUCAGAGGGAGAUGAGAUCUCUAUUCUUCGAUUGCCAGCGACUGGAAGGAAGACUAGGAUUGGAGCCUUUGCCUGUAGGGCGACGAUGGCGGAAACUAGUCUCAAUAGCAUUGGUACAGUAAUUAUGAGCAAAACUGCUGACUUCCUCCCUACCCGAGUGAGUCAGACGGUAAACCGGGGAGAUGCAGUCAAUCUGGCCGUCACUGCAACAAACCAAAACCGUAGAGAAACACGCUGGAGGAAGGACAAUGGUGGAACCGUCCAUAACGACCAAUUGUCUUGGAAUAUGAGCACCGUUGCUGCCUCAAACAGUGGUGUAUACGAGGUUCACUUCCGCGGGGCACGUAGUCAUGGAAACCAGGCACUUAUGCGGUUGCUUGUCAGAGGAUGCGGGAGACAUAUUUGGAAUGCUCCCUCUUGUGACAGUGAUUGUCCGGUCUGUUUGAAUGGUGGUAUUUGUGACAUCCGGAGCGGCGUCUGCAUCUGUCCGCCUGGUUUUGGUGGCAGUUUCUGCGAAAUACUUUUAGGACGAAACCGUUUUGGCCAAACAGGAAGUUUUCGCUGCGACUCACCUGGUCUAGGAGGCGGUCCUACGUGUGCUGGGAUGCUGUUCUGUUUACCAAAUCCUUAUGGCUGCUCGUGUGCUGCGGGAUACCAAGGAAUCGACUGCAAUGAAACUUGUGAGCAUAACACUUACGGAGCAGACUGUGCACAGAAAUGUCACUGCAAGGACGGGGUUCCUUGCAACGGAACUACGGGCGAGUGUCGUGACAGAAACUGCACACAAGGAUUCUUGGGAAUCAACUGCCAAGUGCCACUUCCCGUCAGCGAACUCGUUUUGACAGGUACCAAUAUUAAUGACUUGCUUGUUUCUUGGAGAGCCAGUACAAGUCGGGAACAUCCUUGUUGGCCAGAGGAAUAUCUGGUGACGUGUGAACUUCUCCUUCGCGACCAGUGCAUGGAUGCUCAUGAACUCCAUGCAGUCAACGUGACUGUUUACACAAGAAUCGUUUUCAACGAUCUGGUGCCAUACUCAACGUACAGGGUAAAUGUAACAUCAAGAACUGUGGCUGGAAACGGCACAACAGUUACAAGCGUCUGGACAACUCGUGAAACAGUUCCGUUAGUUGCUCCAGAAUUUAACUCGAGUGAUCCAGCCCCCGACAGCAUCACGUUCAACUGGAACCCCAUCCCUUGUGGCAGCGCACGUGGCAACAUAACGUCGUAUGAAACACUUCUGACCUCACCAGGAAGAGAGAUUAACACUAAGACUGUCACAACUGAGUCUGUGACUUUUGAUGGCUUGUCGCCGUGUUCUCCCUACACCCUAGAAGUGUGGCCUCGUACGAAAGCCGGAAGAGGUCCACCAAUGGAAGUGCAACAAGGAACGGACACCAUUGUCCCAGAUGUUGUUGAAGAAUUUUCCGUCACAGUCUCAGGUCAUGAUGAACUAAACGUUCAAUGGAAAGCCUCGACAAAACCUGACAACUCUUGCCCUGUAACUGAUUAUCUUGUGACCUAUGAACUCAUCAACCUGGAGCAGUGUCAGGAGAUGCAGGGAAACAGCCAGACUAGAAACACGUCUACGACUGCAAUCAGUAUACAAGGAUUGAAAGCGUACUCAAAGUACAACGUGACUGUCACACCAAGAAAUGAAGCAGGGUUAGGCCAGCCACUCUCUAAAACAAUGCAAACUGGAAGGACAGCACCAACGGCAACACCGGUUAAUAUUACCAGUGUCGCUACGCCUAACAGCCUUUCAUUUGGAUGGGAUCCCGUCCCGUGUGGAACGAGAGGCGGGCCGCUCGGAGGUUACCGUUUCUGGUUCGGGAAGAGAGGAGACGAUGACUAUGUCAAGCAAAGACGUACCAGCGAUGGUUUUGUAACAUUCUCUUCAUUACCUGUGUGUACGUCAUAUUCCUUCAAAGUUCAAACCUACAGUUCAGCACGAUUAGAUUUCGGACCAUGGACAGAUGAGACCAAAGCGCACACAACAAUGAUAGUUCCAGACCCUGUUGCGGGACUACCAAUCACACCUCUUGGCCAUGAUCAACUGGACGUACACUGGAGUGCCUCGUCAAAUACAAACAACAAUUGCCAUGCAACAGACUACCACGUGACCUAUGAACUCGUCAACUUCGAGCAGUGCCAAGAGGCGCCGGAUCACGACGUUGUUGUGACGAAUGUGUCCAUGACUUACACCACAAUAAAUGGACUUCACGCGUACUCGUCGUACAAUGUGACGGUGACACCGCGGAACGAGGCUGGAUACGGCCAAAUGCUGUCCCAAACAGUUCAAACGGGAGAAAGUGAACCAACGGGAACCCCAAUACUCGGCGAGAGCUCUGCAUCUUCUGAUAACAUUACUUUCACCUGGUCCCAAGUUCUUUGUGGUGGCAGAGGAGGCGCUAUUACGGUGUACCAGUACAAGCUCACGAAGAGAGGCAGCAUGACUGCAAUAAGAAAAGAUAACACAACGGCGAUGUCCGUCACUUUUCGCGGUUUAUCACCUUGUACAUCGUAUGCAUUCAUAGUCCGCGCAUUCAAUAGUAAAGGGAAGGGACCUCGGACUAAUGAGCACCACCAGGAUGCAGUUAAAAUAGUUCCAGACCCCAUUGAAGGACUAACAAUCACACCUCUUGGCCAUGAUCGACUGGACGUACAAUGGAGUGCCUCGUCAAAUACAAACAACAAUUGCCAUGCAACAGAGUACCACGUGACCCAUGAACUCAUCAACUUGGAGCAGUGUCGAGUAACGUCGAAUCAUGAUGUGAGCACAAAGAAUGUGUCUGUGACCAACAUCGUCAUAAAUGAACUUCAUGCGUACUCGUCGUACAAUGUGACGGUGACACCGCGAAACGAGGCUGGGUACGGUCCGAUGCUGUAUCAAACAGUUCAAACUGGAGAAAAGAAACCAACGGAAACUCCAAUACUCGUCGAGAGUUCUGCAUCGUCUGACAACAUUACUUUCACCUGGUCCCAAGUUCCUUGUGGCGGUAGAGGAGGCGCUAUUACGAAGUACCAGUACAAGUUCAUGAAGAGAGCCAACACGACUGUAAUAGAAAAAGAAACCACAACUGCGAUGUCCGUCACAUUUCGCGGUUUAUCACCUUGUACAUCGUAUGCAUUCAUAGUUCGCGCGUUCAAUAAUAAAGGAAACCGCGCGGGACCUUGGACUGACGAGUACUACAAGGAUACAGUUGUAGUAGAUGAAAUCCAAUCCCUCAACCUGGAGCCCUCAACCAAUGAAAUCAAGGCCUCUUGGAUAACUGCUGGGAACGAGGAAAACCCUUGCCCUGUGACCUCGUACUGCGUUAGUUACCAACUUCUCAACUUUGAGCAGUGCCAACCGCAGACCGAGCCUACCCAGAUACACAGGACAGUAAAUGACACGAACGUCAACAUAACAUCAAUGCAUGCUUACUCCACGUACAGUGUGCAAGUCGUACCAGCGAAUAAUGCUGGCGAGAAAUACAUGAACAACAAGACAGUUACGACCGACGAGGGAGUGCCAUUGGCUGCUCCGGUACUCGACACAAUGCUCCCGUCCAAUCAGAGCGUUCGAGUGUCUUGGCAUCCCAUACCCUGCGGCAAACGAGGCGGUAACAUCACAGGCUACACGUACGAGUUGCGUGACGCAUCUGGGUCCAUGGUAAAAACAGCCGACACCACGGCAGAGUCUGUUGAAGUUGAUGGUCUGUCCCAGGGGGCGUCCUACCUCUUCAGGCUGUGGGCGUUCACGCGUGUAGGACCGGGACCCUGGAAGGAAGGAGAUUUUGAGAUUCCCAAAGACGAUGCUGCUCCGCCUACUCCGCCUGGGAGUAGUCCUGCGGGCUCAAUUUUGGGCGUGGUCGUCUUUAUCUUGGUAGCUGCGGUUCUUGCUCUCCUGAUAGCUGUCGUGGUCAAGAAACGACGACAGCAGAGGACAAAGGCACUGGGCAAGGAUAGCACAGGCGAUGGUGUCCAGGAUAUUUAUGGGAAAGGAGACCAAGAUGGAGUUGAGCUGAAGAAUCUGCCAUCUACGUCUGGUUACAAGCCGUACGCUUCAAAGGGUCAUGAACCAGUUAGGUCAUCUUCUAAUCCACCAAAGUCAACCGAUCAAGUAGCUGUUGAUGUCUUGCCAAAAGCAGGACCAUCCACAACAUCCACUGAUUCAGUAUCAGCACCUGGUCCAUCAACAUCCACUAAGGCUCCCGUGAAGCCCAAGCCGUACGUCAAUCCUUCCACCAAGCCCAAGCUGAAGGCUUCGGCAAAGGCAUCCCCGAGUUUCCCCCAAGCCGGCCCAGUUGCCAUGGCUCACCUGGCUGAAUACAUCAAGAGUAGAACAGCUGGGAAGGUCAACGGAUUCCAACAGGACUACGAAUCGAUUCCAGGUGAACCAAUCCACCCUUGGACUGUGGCCAAACAGGAUCACAACAAGAAGAACAACAGAUACAAUAACAUCCUGGCCUAUGACCAUUCUCGCGUGGUCUUGGAGUGUCUUGAGGAUAACCCACACUCAGACUACAUCAAUGCCUCCUACAUCAAUGGAUACAAGCAAGAUUACAAGUACAUUGCCAGUCAAGGUCCUACCAAGGCAUCAGUGAAGGACAUGUGGCGCAUGGUGUGGCAGGAGCGAGUAGGAAAGAUCGUCAUGCUGACGAACCUGAUCGAACAUGGCAAGGGGAAAUGCGAGCAGUACUGGCCCGAUGACAUUGCCGACUACGGAGAACUGUUUGUCCGUAAUGUUGAUGAAACAAAACAUGCCAAUUUUAUUGUGAGGACUUUUCACGUGUCGAAGAGCACUGAGCCUGAGGGUGAGUACCGUGAGUUAACCCAGUUCCAUUACACCACCUGGCCAGACAUGAAACCACCAGAGUCAUCUCCAUUACUUCAGUUUGUCAGAACAGUCCGAGCAACAGACGCUUCACAACAUGGACCCAUCGUUGUCCAUUGCAGUGCUGGAGUUGGCCGCACAGGAACCUUCAUCACUUUGGACUCCAUGCUUGAGAUGGCGGAGGCAGAGGGCCAAGUCGAUGUCUUGAAGUUUGUACGCGAUAUGAGGAAUCAGCGCUUCCUUAUGGUCCAAACUCUGGAUCAAUACAAGUUCAUCUUCGAUGCUCUGUUGGAGUCAAGUCUGUCAGAGAACACGGCCAUCAGUGCUGAUCGCUUCCAUCAAAGCUUCGCUAAACUCAAGAAACGGGACAAGAAAGCAGGGACUACUGGCAUUGAGGCGCAGUUCCAGAUGUUGGAGUCGUUCACUGCCUCACCGAGCGAGGAGCAGUGUAUGGGAGGGAGGAGCGCCGCCAACGUUGACAAAAACAGAUUCAAAGACUGCGUUCCAAAAGACAGCACCCGACCGUAUCUGAUGACCAAAGGUGACGAAGGAAGUACCAAUUACAUCAACGCUACAUUCCUGGAUGGUUAUAACACCAAGCAUGCCUACCUUGCCACCCAGGCACCUCUGCCUAACACACGGGGUGAUAUGUGGAGGAUGGUGUUUGACUACAAAGCAUCUUGCAUUGUCAUGCUCAAUUCCAUGGACAAUGACCCGAGCGUUGUCGAGUAUUGGCCAGAGAAGGACAGUUUGGAGUUCGGACCCCUUACCGUUACACUGACGAAUGAGGACCGCUAUAGCGAGGACAUUAUCAUACGGCAGUUUGAUGUUAGCUAUCCCGCUAGGAAGAAUGACGAGGUUCAGAGCGUCUGUCAGAUCCAAUACCUGGGAUGGCCCCCUGGGAAAGAGGUCCCAAGAUCUCCGUCUAGUCUCCUCAAGGUGCUGGAGGCUGUUAAGAUGUGGACGACCGACCACCCUGAUGGACCCAUCACUGUCCACUGCAUUGACGGUGUUGGAUGCAGCGGAACCUUCUGCGCCAUACUCACACUCCUGGACCAACUCGCAGUGGAGAAAGACGUAGACGUCUUCCAAGCCAUCAAGAAACUCCGCAUCACCCGGGCUGGCAUGGUCAACACUUUGGCUCAGUACCAACUGUGCUAUCAGGUGAUCCAAACCUCCUUGGAUUCCGGCUCAAUCUACGAGAACUAUUGAUGAACCAGUGUGGAACAAGUUAUUUAACAUCAUAAAUGUCAGAUUUGCAUGUCCAUUAAUUUGUAACUGAUACCUACAGUUUUUGUAACGUCAGAGAGGAUUUUUAAAAGGUAGGUUUCGCUUCUACCUCGGUAUGAAAUCUAGUUUCAAUUCUAGCUCAGCAAUUUCUGUUCGUCUAAGGGGCCCAGGCUACUAGCCUUUUUGUUCCUAUCUCGCUGACUGACUGACUGACAAGACUGUUUGCGGUACGGAGCGCUGGGCAGAGUUAUCGUAUAGGAUUACCCCGUAAUGUGCUAAAUCUGGGUCAUUGUGUGGACCAGGGCCCAAUUUUACGGCGCUGCUAAAAAGCACAGAAAUGUGCUGAGCACAACAAAAUUCUGGCUUACAAAAGCAGGUUACCAGCCAA